UGCCGAGGAUUAAUCUCUUACCGUAACACGCUCUAACUUGGACGAAACGCGAAAAAGCUUAGUUGUUUCUAUAUUCCACGCACUAAAACAUGUCGGACAGCACCUCUUACCUGCUGCAUCCACCGUCUGAACCCGGUGGAACAAUUCCUCCUGACACCGACCACUCUGUUUCAGUUUCUUUACCUUUAUGGAAGCAUAAUGUGUGGUAUGAAAUGGGAAUUCCAGAGUUUUUGGCUACCUUCCAGACUGGUUAUCCUCGGUUUUUGUUAAACAAAUACGUAAAACAACUCAUUGAGUAUGUUGCAACCGUUGAACAUUUAAAUCACUCCGAAGACGGUGAAACAGCUCUUCUUUUUCCUACUAUGAGCGUUGUCAACCAAUGUAUCGAGUUUGUUACCACAUACGGAAAACUGCCUGCUGAAACACUCCGGGUGGUUGACCUGAAGGACGUCGUUGCACACGACUUUGGUGAUCUCUUGGACACGAAGGCUUUGAACUUCAGUAUUUAUGCUCUGAUCUUCCGAAAGGCGGAUUUCCCCGUGGUGAAACAGUUUUGGCAACACAGUGGCGACGGCAUUUCCAGUCGUCGUGCAGAGGAUGCAUUGAGAAUUCUCUCGGACAUCCGCGACAGAGUCAAUAAGCGGCUUGUAGAACGUUCGAUCUCUCAUUUCAAGGGCAAGAGUCGUUACUCUUCCAAGUCAGACCUGCAGGCUUUGAACAACUGUUUCCAGACGGAUCUGAAGGCCGACGAAAAGAAAAACCUCGAGAGCGAUGCGGCUUUGUACCUCGAAGAACGGUAUGCUCGCAACAUGGAGGCCAGUCUUGCACCUGCAGCGAAGAGGGUUCUUCGUCGACGCAUCCUUGGCACUCUGAAGGACGAGGUUGAUUUGACAAAAGAUAUUCCCGAAACUGCCGUCGGCGAAACACUUCGUGAUGUUGAGGGUUUGACGGAAAACGACGUGUAUCUUUUUCCCGCCGGCAUGAGCGCAAUUUACAAUGCUCAUCGCACAAUCCGUCUUACUUUUGGAAACAUUCUGAAGUCCGUUUGCUUUGGCUGGACGUAUGUGGAUACUAUGAAGGUGCUUGAAAAGUUCGGGCCCGGUAGUUACUUUUAUGGUUUCAAUGAUGAAAAGCGUUUGGAUGAGUUGGAGGCUUUGUUGGAGUCGGGUGAGCGCGUUCUUUGCCUCUUCUGUGAAUUCCCUUCAAAUCCACUGUUGAACGCUCCCAACUUGGAUCGUAUCCGCAAGUUGUCUGAAAAGUACGACUUCCCUGUCGUAGUUGAUGAGACUGUUGGAAACUUCGUCAAUGUUGAAGUACUUCCAAUGGUUGACAUUGUGGUCAGCAGUUUGACAAAGGUAUUCAGUGGUGACAGCAAUGUUCUUAGUGGAAGCAUGGUCCUGAAUCCCCAUAGUCGUUAUUACUCGAAGUUCAAGAAAACGUUGGACGAGAAUUACGAGGACAAUCUUUUUGAUUUAGAUGCUCUUACCUUGGAGCGCAACAGUCGUGAUUUUGAGUACCGUGCCAAAGUCAUCAAUCGUAAUGCUGAAAUGAUCGCUGACCUUCUGCAUGAGCAUCCCAAGGUGAAGCGCGUUCACUAUCCCAAGUACAAUCCUUCUGGUCCCAAUUUUGAAGCCCGCAGAACGGCGAAUGGAGGUUAUGGUGGUCUUUUAUCCGUCGUUUUCAAGAACCCGGAUGAUGCCAUCAAGUUUUACGAUACCUUAAAGGUUGCAAAGGGCCCGAGUUUGGGAACAAACUUUACUCUCGCAUCUCCAUACGCAGUUCUUGCUCACUUCAACGAGUUGGAUUGGGCUGAACAGGCUGGCGGCAUUGAUCCUCAUUUGGUUCGUAUUAGUGUCGGAAUGGAACCCGAAGAUCAUCUCCUUAAGGUCUUUGAAGAAGCUUUGAGUUAAAAACACAAAACGCGAACACUCGUUUCAUCACUUUCGUUUUUGUCUUUGAGCGAUAAAACAUGCUCGAGCGCUUUUGUUUGCCGUUGCGUUGCUCAUUCUGAGAUUACUUCGGAAAUGGUUACAGAUAAAGUAAUCAUUUGUACCGCCAUUUAAAUGUCUUUCUCCGAGAGCUUCCUUUCAAGUACUACACAUAAAUUUGUUUGGUGCUUUUUCGAUGUUCAACACAUACUCCUUUUCCUAUAGAUGCCUAUCCUGCAAAGCGUUUGCGUCGAGUUACGCUUUUGCAGUGUAAGGCUAUAUUCCCUAUUUUCCGAUGUCUACAAUGCCCAUCGUGCGGGCGUGAUGUUAAUUAUUACGGUAAUUUUAAACUUUUUUUUUGUUUUAAAUAUUUGGAUUUCUUAAAUGAGGAUGUUAAAGCUUUUAUUUCUAUUCAAAAACAGCAAUUGAGCUCUAGCUUCGGAGAUGCAAUGAACAACGAAAAGAGGGAAACAAUUGUACACAUAAGAAAUGUAAAUUGGUAGUACUUGAAGCGCGUACUGAAUUUCAUUUUCGGUGUAUGGUUUUUUGAACCCUUUCAAACCCUUGGCAUCUAUCCUUAUUUUUCCCCCCCUGCUAACAGAAAAAUCAAGUUGCUGCUCUCCUAACAUUUCUGUAUUUGUUAAAGU